AUGGCUCAAUGUAACAUCUGUGAACUCAUUAUAGAGGCUAUUCAUAACGAUGAUAUCUCCAUGGUUGAACGUCUUGUUAAUGCCCAGCAUAGAUCAGUCCUCUCUAAUUCAUCAUCUACAGCCAGUACGAAUACGAUUGCUGAUCUAGCUGCCAAACGACAGAACCAAGUUAUACAACGUCGUUCUAAUCCUAGUAACUUCUCGACAGCAUUCUCUAGUUCCCGAGGCGCUUGUGGUAUAUUCAAUCCGUUACUGCUUGCCAUUGCUCAUAAAAGUCGAGAGAUAGUCGACAUACUAUUACGCUACGGACAUGAUCCCAAUCUUGUUGCGAAAUGUACUUGUAAGGGAUUCUGUCCUCUUGGAGAAACGAAUUCUCUACAGUCUAUUGCUAAUUUGCGACAUUCAUCUAUCACUCCUGAAUCAUGCAGCAUCUGCCAGAUGAUCCGUACCAAUUGCUUUUUUGGACAUACACCUUUAGGCAUAGCUGUUAAACUUCAAAACACAGAGUUCAUUGCUUUGCUUAUGGCUUAUGGUGCUGAUAUUAAUGCUGAGUCAGAAGAUAGUGAAGGCAACUCUCCACUUCUUAUAUCUGUUCGUGAAUCACCAGUUUCUUGGACAUGUUUGCAUGCUCUGCUACUAUUUGGGGCUAAAGUCGAACAGCGUAACUUACGCAAUAUUCGACCUCUUGAUUUAGCUCCAGAGCUAAAGAAGUUACAAGCCGGCUGUGUAACUGAUUUGUUCCGCUAUGCUUGUGGUGAGCAUUUAACUACAAAGAAAGUUCCAGCUGAUAAUGUAUCGGCUCAAUCUGAUAAAAACUCGGCCAAAUUACCUCUUUCACCUAAGUAUUCAGCUGCUCCUAGUGCAUCGACUUCCAGUUUACUGGAAACAAUGUCAACAAGAGAAGCCUCUAGACGUAAAUCAAUCAUAUCAUUAUCAUUAUGUAAUAGUAAAACAAGAAUAUCACGUGAUAAUCCUGCUUUCGAAAAUAUGAGUUGGGAGCAAGCAUGGGAGCUUCUACGGAAAAUGGCCGAAAACCCUGAAUGUAUGCCUUAUAUCACAGAAUCAUUUACUUUGCAUAUCAAAUGUAUUGGCUCAUCCUCUGUAGUUACUGACAAAGAUUUACUUGAUUAUCAUAUAACGGGUCUUCUUAGUAGGCUGAUUUCGACAGCUGUGACUGAAUAUCAAGAAUUGAGGGGUAGUGGGAAGAGAAAAAUUGAAUUUGUACACCAUUUGACAAUUAUAACGAAUGUAUCGUUUAUGCUAAUGCAAAAGCCUGGUGGAGAUCAUUUGUUUGCUGCUCUCAGUGCAUUGAACAAGAUUGUGGAUACUGGUUUAGUGUUCGAUUUGUUCUCAUUUAAUGAGUUGGCUCUUUUCUCAUCUAAACUACUUGAUCGAAACACCUUCAAACGUAUUGAUUCAACAGAAUCAAUCGAAUUGGACGAAAAACUAGAUGUCCAUGAAGAACAAAUUACAUUACAAACACCUGGUUGUCCUUGUCCUACGAGUGCAACACAAGAAAAAGUUACACCUCCUAAGAGAAAAGAAGAUUUACAAAACAGAUUUCUGGAUAUGGAUCCUAAGCAAAUCCUGCAAACACUCAAAACAGCGAUCUGUGAAAGUCAGAACCGGGGAAGAGUUUAUUGCUCACCGGCGCAUCGCUUUCGACAAUGUGUUCAUCACUGUCCUCAAGUUCUUCUGGGACGUUUCCUUUUAUUCCUCACUCACUUCAAAAAGUUCCGAAUUGCUUUAUCUGAAAAAACGAUUCUCAAGUCACUAAUUGCUUUGUUGGAUCCUUCUAUGGACCCACAAUUGCUAUGCCUUCUUUUACAAACCUUGUCGCUUAUUGCACUCGAUCUCAAAACUCAUCCUCAGCUCAUACACGACCAAGUUGAUGAUGUUCUAGUACAGAUGCUUCUACCAGCCGAUGAUUGGUAUUAUACAAAUCAAAGCACUAAAUAUGGACAUUUUGUUAAACAAAAUGCUGCAAGGAUUCUCAUUUAUAUGGGUCUUGGUGAUCGGAUUGGGAAUCGAGUCAACUUAUUCAGCUCAACAUCUCAUGCACAUGCAACUCCCAAUGAAGAUGCUUACAUAUGUGAAACAUGCACACUGCCACGAAAUAUGUUGAGUUUUGCCAAAUGCUCUAUAUCCGUUGAAGGAAUAGUCAUUAAAAUGUUAAAUGAAGUGAAAGAAUUUUUCAAACAAAGCAGUGGUUUCUUCAAUAUUCCUGAACAAAUAAAAGAAGAAGCAUCUUCUCCUCCUCUUAAGAAGACUCCAUGCAUAACGGAGACGAAACCGGCUCCUUCUUACGCUCAUCAUUACAAAAAAAGAUUCGAGAGCACCGGAUCCUCCAAUCAACACCACGGUGAUGAAAAACGUCAUUCAUCAAAUGAAGAAAACAUCCUAAAGCUACGACCGAUGCAUAAACUUAAUAAUCAUCAGAGAGAGUCAGAAGAUGAUGGUCAAAAACCGAACAACGAUAACUGUACGGCUAAAGUUUAUUUCUUGAACUCUUUAGACGCUCUGAACUGCCGACUGAUUCAACUAGGUCUUAUAUUGGAUCCUGUUUUACUUUUAAGAGUAUUACUCCAUAAAGUAUCCUGGGAUUUAGGAUUAUUUACAAAAAACAAAAUAAGUAGAGAUACGUUGAAAAAACCUCAGAAUCUUAGAGCUCAAUCUAGUUGUAGUCUUGGAGACAACAUGAAUUCGUUUUGCAAAUCGAAAUCUUUUGAUCGACGAGAAAUAAUCAAACCGGAGAACAAAAACUUCCUAAGAGUUUCUGGAGGUUCUCGGGGUUCUAAGAGAGUGAUUGAUAUGAGAAGAUCAAGCUCAGUAGAGAUAUUACGAACAAAAAGAGCUAGUGGAGGAUCGAAAGAGAAUAAAUUGAGAGAACGUAGACGUCGUCUUGGUACAGAUGCAAGCAGUGGGUCGGGCUCUAAAAAAACGGCUUCAUCAUCAUCGAACAGUAAAAAACAUCUGCCAAAAUAUAUUCAAUCUCUCUUCCGAACAAGAAUGGGAACUGAUCCAUGUAAGAGAUCUUCAAGAAGCAAAGAAACGGAUUCAUCUGGUAGUGACAAUAGUGUGGAUGAGUUCACCAGAGAACUACAAAACUAUCCAAUGACUAAACGAGAAACAGAACAUUUAGCCACCAAAUCACUUGCUCAAUUAGAAAUAGAAAAUAAGAAAAUUGGUUACACUUAUGUACCAGAAGUUGAAGUCGAAGGUGCCUCACCCCCUCGAUCUCCUGCACUACUGCUUGAAGAAGCUCGUACAUAUCUUGGAGAAAACUGCCGAACAGCCAGUCCCCAAACCCUGCCAGGAAUCCCACAAAUUGAAAUCAGAAGAGCUUCAGCUCUUUCACAGUUCGAAUUUGGAUAUUUUGUUAAUCCUCCCGAAACUAAUCGCUCAACAGAGCAUUCUGAUUGCGCACCUUUACUUCAAACAAAAAACUACAAUUCAAGCAGGAAGAGCUCGGAUGAAACAUCUAUUGGCGGGUGGUCGUCUAGGGCCUCUUCAGUUAUGAGUCGUCGUUCAUCUCGAUCAAGUAAUGGGCAAAGACUUUCAACCUUUUCCGGAGGAACUAGUAUAACUUCCGAUAAUUCUGGUCCUUUUUUAUUCAGCUUCGCUGUGAGGAAAAGAGCUUCUACUAUUGGUACUCGCUGCCCAGUUCCUAGACGGGCUCUUUCUCGUAACUCAGGAGAAAGCUUAAAAGUUCCUGAACAUGAAAGUCCAUGCCAUGUACUCCCCAUCAAUGAAAUGUCAUCUGAUUUCCAUUGCAUCAGACAAAUUAUUAUAAAUUUGCUUGACAACUAUCCAGGAAGUAGUAGUGACAUACAAGCCACCAUGCGAGAAUGUGCAGAACUACUUAGGAUGGUGUUGAACUCAGCUCAGCAUCCAACUGUUAAGCAAUGGUGUGCGGAGAUACUUCAUAUUGUGGCUGAGCAUCUGGUCAAUAAAGAAGCUGAAGAAAUGGAAACUAUGGAUAAGAUCAACGAAAAGUUUUUUGAUUAUCAAGAGCAAAUUAUCUCUGGCACUUUACCAUGCCAGAAAGAUGAAGCCACAUUUCUGGCAGCAAUUCAGCUAUGUAUUGAAGAGCAGUGGCCGAAAAACAGACAACAAGCUGCAUUGAGAAGGAGUAUUGCAAGAACAGAUAUCGUCCAAGUCAAGGAUAUGGUAGAACAUAUAACUCUAGCUCCAUGGACAGAAAACGAAGAAGGCCGAACCAGUUUAGGUUCUGUGCUCCCAAAAUUGACAGCUCCAGAGAGGGCAGCAGUUGCUGCAGCUACGAUUGUGCCACCACUGAGCGAUGCAUCAGCUUCACUGAUUUCGAACACAUCACCUAUUCUCCGGCGUGGCCCACCAGCGAUCACAGAAGAAACUAGACGGGAUGCGCGUAGUCGCGUAGGGAACACUUCAGCCAUAAAAUGUUUAUCUGGACCUGAGCAUUUAUUGCCUAGAGAGGUUAUUGGAAUCAAGUUUUCUGUUUUAAAACCUCCACCGGUGUUAAAGAUACAGAAUCAAUGCUUGCCCCCAGCUCUUCGUGGUGAUAUAAGAGCAAUAAAGCAAGUAAAGCACAGAAAACGGAAAGUUUUUCAUAGUCAAGUAUACGACAGCGAAGUUCAAAUUAAAAAACUGUAUAUUCAAACUGUCAAACGAUUGCCAGCUUAUGACUGCCGGGUCUUUCAAGUUAAAGAAUUGGUUCAUGGCAGUACAUUGAGAAAGACAUUAAGACUACUUUGUGUCUCUACAAGAACGCUUACAUUAUUAGAUGGAACAACAAAAGUAAUAUUACGUAGACAACCAUCAGCCACGUUAUUGCAAUGGCGUGUUGGAGGUGGUGUCAACAAGCAUCAGUUGUUAUUAGAAUUUCGUGGAACUAAAUGGCAACUAAUAGCUCCUUCCGCUACAGCACUAAAUGCUGUUGCUAUGAGUUUAUGGGAAGUUAUGCAAUACACAAACUGCGAACAGAUUCAGCAAAGUUUUCGGAACAUGAUUCAACCUCAUGUAGCCAAUAAUAAACCAGGCCGAAACUGGGCGACUCUAUCAACUACUUCUCAUUUUGCUGAAGUUUCUCAAAUAGAAUCCAUGUUCCGCAUUGAACUGGAGAGAUUACAAAAUUUGCUAAGUUUUCCAGAAGAAGUAGCCUAUGAGUUGUCUCAAACAGAGUAUAAACUCUUUUACUCAGUCAAUCCUAUCGAAUAUGUGAGAUAUGUAAGUUGUGACCUAACUUCGAUACCAGUUAAAGAAAAUCCAAGUAAUGUAUGUGAUUUGGUCAAAAGACUAAGCGAGGUUAGUUCAUGGAUAACACAUUUGAUCAUUUGCCAACCAUCUCAUGAAGAACGGAAAAAUAUGCUAUAUGCUAUCCAGAGGGUUAUUGAUGCAUCAUGGAUUAUUGGUAAUGUGAAUGGAGCAAUUGAACUACUCAUUGGACUUAAAUGUGAUAAACUACGUCCUUUUUGGUUAUCACUACGCGAUGAUGAGAAAAAACAUUGCGACGAGCUCUGUGACAAAUUAAUGCCUUUGUUGAACUCUGAGCCUCAUUCCGAUUACAUUUCUUUGGUGAAAAAAGCGCUCCGUAUGCCUCAAAGUAGAAUUAUACCAUUUUUUGGUGUUUUUCUUAGAGAUCUUUAUGCGAUCUCACACGAACUACAAGAUAUUGUUGUGAUCGGGAACGAAGAUCAAAAAUUGCGGCUAGAGUUUCUUUAUGACUACAACUCAGAGGACCAUUUCUGUUCCAGUAUUGGAGUGUGCGGUCUUUUGAACUCAGAGAAAGUCAACAGCGUUGCUACAGUUCUGGGUAACAUUGAAAUAUACCACAAACAUCAUCGUAGCUUGUUGUCCCGCGUUGAUGAACAGAUCGGAGAAGAAGUUCUUAGUGAAGAUGAGUCUAAACCUUAUGAACCAAUUGUCAUUAUUCCUGGGGCUGCCCAUGGAGUAUCACUUUGUCAGGUCAACUCAUCAACAUUCGACUUGGAUUUUCUUCAAAGGAUGCAUCAUGGGACAACUUUGAUUCAAUUCGAUCCUGAGAGUGGUCGAAGCUGCAUGAUUAUGCUGUACUUGGAUGCCAGCAACUCUUCCAUAUAUUGGCGUCGCUCAGAAGUCAUUCCAGUGAACGGAGGAAAGCUUAACAAGGUCGAUCAGUUGUCCAAGUCUGCAGCAGCAGCUCUGUCCGCCACAAUUGAAAAUCAUAAGCAUGGCAUCUGGACGUUUCCGCCGCAGCCGAACGUUGUUAAUUUUGGAGUGGAAGAGGGAGAACUCAAACUCUUAUUCAUGAAAGAUAUCGAGAAAGUGGAUGGCUAUUUAUAUGAUAUAGAGAGUAUUUAUCGACGUCACCAUGGUGAAGAGAUGAAUGCUCCCAUAUUUGGCUUUAAAAUAUGCUACAGUUUAUCGUUUGGAGUUUGUGAUCACUUGUUUUUCUUGGCACCAAUGGCUACUUCUAAUCUUUGGAUUGAUGGUUUAUCGAGGAUGAACACCCUUUUCCAUUCACAGUUUGAUUACGUCGAUCGUAGGAUGAUGUGGCUUAAGCAACUGUACCUUCAACUAUACCGUGAAAGUACUCCAGAUCCUGAUAAUCGAAGGCAUCUAGGACCGAAGCCUUACGAAGCUUUGCAAGCAUUUGGAGGAAGAGUUGAGCACUGGAAAGGUUUAGGUCUUGCUCAAUCAUGCUACAAGCAAAAUGAUUCACUGAAUUCGAGUGAGAAUGGAGGGGGAGCCAAGAGCAGAUUCAAAAAUUUCAAGAAUGCUGUGCAGAGAAAAUUGCUAGGCACUUCAAGAGAAACAACUCCACCUCCCAGCGUUGUCCAGUAUUCAGUAAUGGACUUUUUCACUCGGGUCAACGAAAUAAGUUCUAAAGUGAGGCCACCAUCGCUCAAAUCACAAAUGUCACUGCAAUCUGGAACUGCCAACGGCUCUGCCUCUCUAUUGAAACCCAGAUGUGAAACUGCAAUAAGCGAGCCUUGCGAUAAUGAAAGCGUUUAUACUCCUAGAAGUAGAACACCAACUAGCAGUUCAUAUGGAGGUAAAUCCCUUGGUGGAAGAUCAGUGCGUUCAUGGCGUUCGCGAGGAGGCGAAACUCCGAACAGUGGUUCUGUAAGCAGUAGUGGCCAAGUAUCUAAUUUGGGGUCACAGCUUAGUGGACCGACUGGUAAAGAGAUUCAAGAGAAAUCAAUGAAUUUCCAUGAGUUUGUCGAAAUGUAUAAGCUCAUGAUAACGAGAAUGAGGAAAGAACUGCGAGAUCUCUUCAAUGAUUUCAUAGCUUCUAAUGUUACUUACAACGUGCAGCCGAAAAAAGAUUAUGCUCAAAACAAACUAAGCUCGCAGGAGUGGGCAGAUGUCUUUCUUCCAAACGUUUUUCUCACAAGGAACUGUGAAGCUGAACCAUAUUUUAUGGAUGAGAAACAGAGAAAGAUUUACAACGCAAUGGCUAUUGCUAGCAUCAAUAGUUCUUAUGGAUUCCUGGAUACUUCCCGAACAGCACUUAUGACAGCGAGUGUUUUCAAAAUAUUCAUUAAUACACAACAGCUUGAAAAUCUCGACGACGAUGCUGUGAUUCAGCUCAUACAGUUACAUGAACCAGAUGCGUAUUUGAGAUCUCGCAACCAGUUGUCUUUUGAAGGAUUCUUCCGAUAUCUUACUGAUCCAAAUAAUCUAGCAUUUUCCUUCGAUGAGGGAGCAUACAGGGAUGAAGACCUUCAACAUCCCUUAUCGCACUAUUUUAUAAAUUCAAGUCACAACACAUAUAUUACUGGGCACCAGCUUAGAGGCCUUAGUAGUCCAGAAAUGUAUCGUCAAGUACUGUUAACUGGAUGCCGGUGUGUGGAACUGGAUUGCUGGGAUGGUGACGAUGGUUUCCCAGUUGUUUACCAUGGACAUACGCUUGUUACCAAGAUAUCUUUGCGACAAGUUCUCGAUGCCAUCAAGAAAUCAGCUUUUGAAAAAUCUGAUUUACCAGUAAUACUAUCAAUUGAGAACCAUUGUUCUGUGGAACAACAAGUUUUAAUGGCUCAGAUGUUUCGAGCUGUGUUCGGAGAUAGUCUUGUCACAAAUUUUCUGUAUGAAGAAGAUUUUGCCGAUCACCCACGUUUACCGUCACCACUUCAACUGAAAAACAGGAUCCUUAUCAAAGAUAAGAAAAUAAUUGAAGAUCUAUUUCCGCCUUUGCCAUUAUUAGUAUGCAAGGAGCCUCUCAAUCUUGUGGCGAAAAUGAGUUUGGAAUCGAGUAGUAGCUGCUCUGAUGAUUCCUCCGAAGAUGAUGGAGAAUAUGGAGAUGAAGCCGAUAAAAAUUCUUCUGACAGCGAUAAUUUCUGUCACGAAAACGAUGAUAAGAAGAAGAAGGAAGAAAUGAGCAAUGAAAAAAUGAGUGAACAAGACCUUUUAGUUGGUCAAGAAUGUGCGGAAGAAGGAAAAAAUUUCUUUUUUUCCAAGAGCAAAACCCAAGUAUCACUCCGAUCAGAAGACGAGUCGAUUGUUUCGCAAGGACCUUUAGGGACAUCAGGAUCAUUUAGUGGUCGCCCAACAACGCGUCCGAAAUCGAGCAGCUUUGGUUCGAAUCAAAUAGCUCCUGUUUGGUCAGAUCUGGUUAUUUAUCUGCAGGCUUCAAAGCACAAAGCGUUCCCUAAAAUGGAAAAUGGAAACCCUACCAUUACAUUGGGAAUAACACCAUCUUCUAUAAGCUCCACCAAGCUAUUAAGAUGUAAUCAAGCAACUACUCAGAAUGGAAGCAAUCUCAGCACACCAACAUCUCUUUCUAGAGCAGAUUCAAGUCAACAACUCAAUAGGCCUUUUAUGUUAAACUGUCCGAACGCUAAUGCCUCAUGCUAUAAGGUAAUGUCUCUAAAUGAAACAAUCGUCAAAAGAUUAGUGAAGCGGGGAUCCUCGAAAAGUAUUCAAUAUACCAAAGAGCAUAUGGUUCGUGCCUACCCAUCUGCUAAACACUAUGACUCUUCGAACUUCAGUCCCAUCAGUUGUUGGAUCCACGGAAUGCAGAUGGUCGCGUUAAACUACCAAACGCCGGACAAAGCGAUGGCUCUUAACUAUGCCAUGUUUGAAGAAUCUCAAGAUAAAGGAUAUGUUUUAAAACCAAGAAUAAUGUGGGAUGACAGUCAUGUUCUUCACAACCAAUUUUCACCUCUUCAAACGAGGCGUUUAUCAAUGCAUACGGCAUACAUUCUGCAUCUAAAUAUUAUUUCUGGCCAAUUUGUUUGGCCUGGUAAUUUUAAUGGCGCUGUGCACCUGGAAGUUGAAUUGCAUGGUUUGCCGGUGGAUUGCGUCAAAGAGAAGCUAAAGGUUUCACAGAAGAACACAGUCAAUCCUGUUUGGAACUUCAAUAUAACAUUCAGAAUAAUUUUUCUUGAUCUGUGCUUUUUGCGCAUUUCGAUAGUAGAAAGCACAAACAAUCGAAUGGUUAGCCAGAGAUGUGUACCUGUCAAAAGACUCCGUCCUGGCUACCGACAUUUACCACUGAGAACGCAAAUGCUGCAAAUGUCUGAUUAUUCAUCUAUUUUCCUGCAUACUCGUUUCGAACAAGAGGAUCACAUUUAUCUGUAUAACGAUGAAGAACUACAAGAUAUGAAGUCGCAAGAAUUUCAUUCUGAUUUGAACACUCAUCGGUUUAGUUUCAACGUGUCAAAGAAAAAAGUGUAUGUGCUUCAAGUAUUCAUCACAUUCCGGAAGAAUAGAUAUGUUUCUGUUCAUUGUUGUGAUGAAACAACCGUGAGAACAGCAAUUCGACAGGCUUUAUCAUUAACCGGGAAAAAAGCAAUAGCUGAUGAUUUUUUUUUGGUCGAUGAGCCGAUUCCCAAUCAACCAUCGAGCGAUUCUCAGUCGGAAACAAAGGUUCUACAACCUGAUGAUAUUGUUAUGGAGUGUGUAACUGGUUGGAAUGGUCUUCAACGACGUCUUGCGUUGAGGAAGAAAAACGACACUACCACGGCGUGGAUAGAGAGGGCACUCAUAACUUCAAAACUUAAAAGUGGAACAAUCAGUUUACCUCAUUCUAAGCUCGAUGUCAAAAGCGCAUCAAGUUCGCAAUUACACGGAAGAUCUUUCGAUACUGAGAUAAAUGAACAUCUAGACGUCUUUGACGGGCUAAAACCACGUACUCGAUCGAUGGGAGAUACUUUUUUGGUAUGUGUGCAUAAUGUCACUGAAGACUUACCAUAUUCAAUACUGAGAACAAGUGUUCAUUCAACAGCGAACGACAUAAUAAAACAGAUAUUGCUGAGGACGAACCGAGCAACAGCUGAUGAAAACGAAUUUGUUCUCGUUGAAGAGACAAGACAUAAUCUCAAUGACAUGCAGUCAUCAUUUCCUCCUCCUCCAGCGAAUGCAGUUAAUAAUCAGAUCAAUAUUCGCGUACUGUCAGCAAACGCGAACGUUUGGCAUGUGCAAACUAAUUGGCAAAGCUUGGGGAGAUUCGUCAUGAGAACACGUAAGCAGCAGAACAGCUCAUAA